AUGCGGCCGUUAGGUCUAAGCAGCCGGCAUGAGCGGGAGUUGGCUAGCGAGAGCCCCGUUCUGGUAAGUGUUGGUCGCGCAGAUUUCCAGCUUCGGAGUGAAAUGGAUCAAACGACAGUCGCUCUCCGGCAAAGGGAGGCGCAGCAGCAGCGGGUGUUUAGACGAGAGCGUGCAUCUGUACGGUCACGUGUGGAUCGUGACAUGCAGGCUUUGUUAGAGGGCGUGGAGGGCGUGUUGCCGCCCUGCGUCAUUGACCCGCCAGUCAUCACGGAGACUCGUUCUUCGGUCUUUUCAUUGCCAGGAAAAAAGGGGGCAGCACGCACGGCACAUGCGACGGGAGAGCUGCCACCAGCAUCCUUGUCCACUUCGAGUAGGGAGAGAAGAGUCCUUGUUUCAUGCGGUGAAGAUCGCAGCAAGCUGAACGGUGCGGCGGAGGAAGUGACGCCUUUGCAGGUUGCUGGCGUGCAUAGAGGCGGAGGGGGUGCACUACCACGCGGUUUUCCACUCCCGUUUGAGGAGUCGGGCUUUCAAUGUGUGACACAUUGGGCCGACACAAGCUUUCAAGAGGUGUUGCUUGCUGCGUUGGGGCCGCGCUCUCAGCGGGAGCGCAGAGAGAAGGAUGCACCCAGCAGUCGCUUCCUUGUGAGUGUGGCGUGUUAUUUGCUCAAUGAGCUUCUUACACGUGAGCCCAAAAUGUCUGUUAUUUGGCCUGAGCUUCGUGAUGUGAUUUUUAAGGCGGUUUUUCGGCCAUGUGAGCCCUCUUCUGCUCCCGGGACGGAAGGCGCUGAUGCGUCAUUUUAUCCCCGUUUUGAGUCCUGCCAUGACUUUACGGGCCUGCAAUUGUGGUCCGAUGCUUUUUUUGCGAGCCGCGCGGAGAACGCCCGGUUGCAGCAGAGGAUUGAGGAAUUGAAGGGAAUCUUGCGAAAAAGUCGUCUUAUCCUUCGUUUUGCACAGCGGCGGGUGGAUCGCAUGCGUCUUUGGCACACUUUUUGUGCAUGGCGGAAAACAACACAGCGAGAACGAUCUUUUCUUGAUUCCGCGACGGCUUAUUUUACGCGUGUGCGGCAGCGUAUUCGCAUGGAGGGGUGCUUCCUGCGUUGGCGACGCGUUGCGACCCAUUCUCAUGGGUUGGAGCUGCUGAGGAUGUUGAAGGAGUCUGAGGUGCGGCUUGCGUUUGUGGAGAGCUCCAAUACGAAGAAAGUGGCCACCCUCAUGAAUCAACUUGAGGAAGAACGGAAGUCGAAUUUAAUUCUUGAAAUGAAAAAGGAGGCGUUGAAAUCUCAGUUGGCGGAAGGCCAUGUGAUUGCUCUUCGUGCGAUAGACAAUGAGAUUCAACAGCAUCAGGCAAACGUUUUGAUGACAAAAAAGCAAAGCAAGCGUUGGGAACGUUUGGCAAAGACAUUUUCAUACCGCGUCAAUUGUGUGAUGGUUCCGCCGUCUUUGAGAAAGUAUGGCGUUGCCUUGCGGCUUAUUGAAGAUAAAUACGCGUUGAAUGCAUCAGUUCCAAACAAUUUGGGGAUUGAGGCACGUCGGGCUCUUGAGGCCUUUCUGUUGGAGUGGGUCAAUUAUUUCAUGAGGACCACGGUGGGGGGUGACUUUUGGCGUCCCGUCGUGAAGAUUAACACGGGUUUGAAUGACGGCGACUUUGGCUCUAGCGCACUGCUGCAAUUUGUGCGUGCGUUGGAAUCGGUGUACAUUGCAAAGGGGGCGCAGUGCGAGGCGUCAGCUCCUCCUGUCAGCCGGUGGAAUGAGGGUCGCCGUUCAACUGAGGGAAAAGACAGCACAAGUUUGCCUCUGGAGGAGCAAAGUGACGUGGUCUUUACGGAGCUGAGACGCCUGCUCUACAUACAGACAAUGGAAGGUCUGCACCCCACACUGCUGUGCCAUUGCACAUUCCUGGACAGUUUUUUUACCCCCACACUCUUCUGUCGGGCCGCACACCCCACCGCUAUGCUUUGGGUGCUCGCUUCGCUCUUCGUUGGGUACACACGUCUUGCAUGCAGUGGAUCAGCGCUGGUGGAAAAUGAUUUGGACGCCGCCCUACGCUGCCAAGAAGAAGUCGCGCUUCAGGAUCGCACCACAGGGUUCCCUUCAAUGUGUAAUGAAAAGGCAGAAACGGUGCCGGCUGUUUCGGCUACGGCGGCAAAAGAGGGUGGAUUUGUUAAAAACCGUUCAGGGCGGCGAAACAGUCGUGUGCAUGUCGUAUCAAAAAAUACGGCUAUUCAAAAGCGUCUACGCUCAAAGCGAUGGAGCAUGGAAUCCUUUCGCAAACGGCAUGACGAGGAGGAGGCGGAUGAGAAAGCGGCCAGCGAAAUGGAACGACUUGCAGAUACCCUCUCGGAUUUGGAAGUAUAUUUGGGCCUUGACGACCAGGAGGACCAGGAGAGUUCGGACAGCAGCAAAAGCAACAGUAGAUGUACAAGCAGUGAAGGAGGGCGCACUAUUGAUAGGAAUGAUGACUAUAUAGAGUUGUCGUCAACGGUCAUGCAUUCCAGCUCGGAUGCACGAGAGGAGUCAGCAUCCAAACCAAGCACAAACGUCACAAGGGGAGAACGACAACGACGUGUGAAUCGGAAGGCACAUUUAAUCCCACCUAUGAAUACUUCAAUAUGUUCUUUUUCAUUUCGGGAUUUUGUAGCGUAUCAUAGCCGGGAGACAAAAAAGAGACGAUUAUGGACGGGCUUUUCCCGUGUGGUUACUUCAUUGGUUGUGCGGCUCCGUGUUUUGGAUGUGGAACCCCCGACAUCGGUGGAAUUCAAUCCCGUUUCCGGUAGAAGAAAAUCCGCUCUACGCACAAAAAACACAUCCCUUUCCGCUUCAGCUCGCUCGGCUUUCACUAUUCAGUCACGCAAGCCCAUUCGGCUGGUGCCUUCACUUUCGUAG